UUUUACCACCUACUCAUCUUUUCUUCUAUCGGCAAAAUUUAAUCAACCCAACUUCAGAGAGAAAAAAUGGAGACUUCGCUCAGAUACGGCGGAGAUUCCACUGCUCUCAGAGUCAAUACGAAUAAGAAACCUCCUACAGUCAGGUACGUCGGUGACACCAGCGCCCUCAAAAUCCAUGCUAAGCAGAAGUUCCGUAUCGAUUCCAACACUCGACUUCAGCUUCAUGGAGAACUUGAUACAAGAAUUGGAGCUCCAACUUUUUUCAGUGCAAUCCUUAGAUACUUUCCUCCAGAACUUUCAGCAAAAAUAGGAGCAGGAUUACAAUAUGAUAGACGUGAAAAACUCCAUUACACCAUGCAUGGAAAAAAGUCAUUCCCUCUAACACCUGAUGGAGCUGUCAAUUUUGUUGUGAAAGGGCGUUGUGAUCUUGACAAAGAAUUUAAACAACCCACACCAAGUGGAGCAGCUGAAUUGGUUUGGAACAUUCUUGAUUUUCAGAAAGAUCAAGAUGUAACGGUUAAAGUAGGCUAUGAAAUCUCUGACAAGAUUCCGUAUGUAAAGGUGAUGGAAAAUAAUUGGACAUUUUCUGUCAAUACAAAUGGGAAAUGGAAUGUGAAAUAUAAUUUAUGAGUUAAAAAAUGAAGAGAGAAUCAGAUAUUCAGAUAGGAUUAAAUUCAUGUUUCUAAAUAUACUCGAUUGUUAUUAGUUUUUAUCAAGCUUUCAUCGUAUAAUGUUGCUACAUUUUUAUUA